AUGGCUGCCUCUCCCGGCCCUGCCGGUGUUGGCAGCGCCGGAACAUUCCACGGCUCCGACUCGUCGGGCUUCGCCUUCGACUCGGGACUCGAGAUCAAAACUCGCUCGGUGGAGCAGACGCUGCUCCCGUUGGUUUCUCAGAUUACCACACUUAUUAAUCAUAAAGAUAAUACCAAAAAGUCUGAUAAAACUCUGCAAGCAAUUCAGCGUGUAGGACAAGCCGUCAACUUGGCAGUUGGAAGAUUUGUUAAAGUCGGGGAAGCUAUAGCCAAUGAAAACUGGGAUUUGAAAGAAGAAAUAAACAUUGCCUGUAUUGAAGCUAAGCAAGCAGGAGAAACAAUUGCAGCACUUACAGAUGUAACCAACUUGAAUCAUCCAGAAUCUGAUGGCCAGAUCACAAUUUUUACAGACAAAACAGGAGUUAUAAAGGCUGCAAGAUUACUUCUUUCUUCAGUGACAAAAGUGCUGUUGCUGGCAGACUGUGUAGUCGUUAAGCAGAUAAUAACAUCAAGAAAUAAGGUUCUUGCAACUAUGGAAAGACUAGAGAAAGUGAGUAGUUUUCAAGAGUUUGUCCAAAUAUUCAGUCAAUUUGGAAAUGAAAUGGUGGAGUUUGCACAUCUAACUGGAGAUAGACAAAAUGAUUUGAAAGAUGAAAAGAAAAAGGCAAAAAUGGCAGCAGCUAGGGCGGUUCUUGAAAAAUGUACAAUGAUGCUUCUCACAGCUUCAAAGACGUGCCUUAGGCAUCCUAACUGCGAAUCAGCUCAUAAAAACAAAGAAGGAGUAUUUGACCGGAUGAAAGUGGCCUUGGAUAAGGUCAUUGAAAUUGUGACUGACUGUAAACCAAAUGGAGAGACUGACAUUUCAUCUAUCAGUAUUUUCACUGGAAUUAAAGAAUUCAAGAUGAAUAUUGAAGCCCUUCGGGAGAAUCUUUAUUUUCAGUCCAAAGAGAAUCUUUCUGUGGCGUUGGAAGUCAUCUUGGAGCGUACAGAGGACUUUACUGAUUCUGCCUAUACCAGCCAUAAGCACAGGGAACGCAUCUUAGAACUGUCAACUCAGGCGAGAAUGAAACUGCAGCAGUUAAUUUCUGUGUGGAUUCAAGCUCAAAGCAAGAAAACAGAAAGUAUCGCUGAAGAGCUAGAACUCAGUAUAUUGACAAUCACUCACAGCCUGGAUGAACUUAAGAAAGAACUUCAUAGAACAGCAGCACAACUGGCAGCAGAUCUCUUGAAGCACAAUGCUGAUCAUGUGGUUUUAAAAGCAUUAAAACUUACUGGAGUAGAAGGGAAUUUAGAAGCUUUGGCUGAAUAUGCCGGUAAACUCUCUGAGCAGAAAGAACAGCUCAUUGAGACCUGCCGAUUGUUGCGACAUGUAUCUGGGACAGAACCUCUUGAAAUAACCUGUAUACAUGCAGAGGAGACGUUUCAGGUGACUGGCCAACAGAUAAUUUCUGCUGCCGAAACACUGACAUUACAUCCAUCUAGUAAAAUUGCUAAAGAAAACCUCGAUGUAUUUUGUGAAGCUUGGGAAUCUCAAAUUAGUGACAUGUCAACACUGCUAAGAGAAAUCAGUGAUGUGUUUGAAGGAAGACGAGGAGAGAAGUAUGGCUACCUUUCACUUCCAAAGCCAAUGAAGAAUAAUGCUAAUCUGAAAUCAUUAAAGCCAGACAAACCUGACUCUGAGGAGCAAGCCAAGAUAGCAAAGCUUGGACUUAAACUGGGUUUGCUCACCUCCGAUGCAGACUGUGAAAUUGAGAAGUGGGAAGAUCAGGAGAAUGAGAUUGUUCGGUAUGGACGGAACAUGUCCACUAUGGCCUAUUCUCUAUAUGUAUUUACUAGAGGAGAGGGGUCACUGAAAACUUCCCAGGAUUUAAUUCAUCAAUUAGAGGCUUUUGCCACAGAGGGCUUAAAGCUUGCUUCAAGUGUUCAAGCUUUCUCAAAACAGCUGAAAGAUGAUGACAAGCUUUUGCUUCUCCUGGAAGUGAACAAGCUAAUUCCUCUAUGUCACCAACUGCAAACAAUAACUAAGACACCAAUGCCGAAUAAAGUGUUUCUAAAGGUUGACAAAUGUAUUAUAAAGGCAAGAUCCAUGAUGGCUAUCUUGAUCCAGCUUCUCUCACUUUGCUAUAAAUUGCUGAAGAAGGUGGAAAGCAGAUGGGUCUCUGUUACAAAUAAAGACACCAUGGAUGGUAAAACUUGAGCAGCUUUUGGGGUCAGGUCUGUGGAACAUCAUGUGGCAAACCUGACAUUUUUAGAAAACAAAUGAUCCUUUAUAUUUUAAGAAUUUCAACAACUUUAUUAAGAAAACAAUAUUGAAAUCUUGCUUUAUUAUCAUGAAACUGAUUGUGAAGCUUUUUGACAACUGACACAUGCCAUGGUAGUUGCCCGAAUAGUAACUGCAGUGAUUUUAAAAUGAGAACUUGCCACUAAUAAUGUUCUUUAAAAGUCAAACCAAAUAUCACAACUGUCUUAAUGACACUUUAAUCCAAAGAAGUUUUUUUGAAUAUACUUACCUUUGGCAUAUUUUACCUUAACUGUUUCCUUUCUGUUUAUCAUCUAGAACACUAAUUUUCAGCAGACAUGCAAUAAUCUGGGUGAAUGCAGGGUUUUCCUUAAACCUGUGGACUUUUCCUUAAUCCCUUUGUCCAACCCAGUGUGAUGAGGGUUCUUCUGCUGCCCUGUAGUAGUCACCAUGUUCCCUAACAAGUGUCUCAUGUACCGUGGUUUGUCUGUUGUGCUGCUUGUGUCCCUCCUCAUGCUCCAAAGUAGGGUCAUGGCACUCACUUCACGGACUCCUGGAGGAACUCACUAGAAGAUGGCUAUCUUUUAGCUCUAGUUCUAGCAUAGCUGGCUUGUCUGCCCAGAAUAUUAGCUGGAAUCCUAAGCCUAUCUUACUGGCUUAAAAACUAGUUUUUGAACUUUCCCUGUCAGUAGUGAGUGAUGGAGUGGAAGAUGCAAAAGAUUGAGAACUAUGGAACUAAGAAGCUGUUUAAAAUAAAUUCUGAAUAAUCAUACAUUUUACAUAAGUGUCUUUGUUUUAGAAUGUUCACUAUAAAAUAAACAUGUUCCUUUAGUCUUUUUAAUUUUAGGAUUUAUAGCUUUUCUUAUUAUGGGGUGGCGGUUUGAUUGAAGGAUUUGGUUCACAUAUUCUUUCCUUAUGAUAUAGUAUGGUUAACUUUGUUUCGGACUCCAGUUUCAUGGUGUUUAUAUUCUAAUGCUCUGAAGUUCAUUUUGAAAUCUAAUGGGACGUAUCAGUUGCUAAACGGCAGUAGUUAACGUAAGUUUGUCUGAUGAUGAUCCCUAGCUGGGUCAGCCAUCACAAUCAACAUUCAUAAAACAUCCUGAAGAAUCACAGUACCACCAAUUCACUAGCUGAAGUUUACUGAAGGAAACUUUAAAGGUAAACUUUUACUAUGUUUCUUUUCCAUUUGAACUCUGUGAAAAAGUGUCUCUAGCUGGCUUUAGCUAGUGAAUUUGCCUUAGAGGCACAGUAGGAAGUACUUGUAAGCCUUAAGUCCCAUGGCUCAGUGAUACUGCAUCUGUGUGAACUUUGAUAUCAAUUUCAAACUUACCAAGCACUCAGCCCGGUUAAUGACCUUUAUAAAAUGCUUCCUUAGGCAGUUAGAAUCAUCAAGAAUGAUUUUUAGUCCGUGAAAUAAAAACAUUUUUAAAUUAUCAGAGAAAUAGGGAAAUGUGAGAUAAUGUAAAAUAAAGUAGCUAUAUAAUUCUUUUAGCAUCUUUGGUGUCUUCGUCCUAUGAACAGUCUUCAAUAUUCACUGUGCUACUAGAAGUGGGGAUAUGCUGGUUUGUGCUUACACUUUCAGCUCAAUACCAUCAGUAUAGGUAAGAGUUACUCCCUGUGUCAUGUCUUGUGGAUGUGUUGUAGGGAUAGUCACACUGGAACUCAAGUUACAAGAAGUUUUUCUUGUGAAUCAAAAAUAAUUUAUGGUUUUAUUUACAAAAUACUUUUACAUAUUUGAAAAGAGAAUAUUCUCUUACGUAAAAGGCAAAUCGUGGUGGGGUAGGGAUAACUUAUGACUUCAACAGCAUAAGAAGACAGAGAACCAAAAAGAAUUUACACAUCAAGUGAUUUCUUCUGUAUUAAAUAAUAAUUGUGUUUUAUUAAAAAACAGAUAUAUUUAAAUGUAUGUAAGUGUUGUAGCCCUUUAGAAAAAAUAACAAUUUUAAAAGUCCUUUUAUUUGAAAAUCAGUGUCAAUAAGUACCCAACCUCAAACCAUAAAUGUGUUUAAGUUUUUUUUGUUUUGUUUUGUUUUUAGUUAAAUGAUGUGAAAGCCUUUGUUCUGUUCAGAGGCAUCUGUGCCUCUAAAUUACAUGUUCUCAGUAACUUCUCUGCUGGUUACCCCAUCACUUGAGUGUGAGGCUGAAUGACUACAGAGCUUGUAUUGCAAUAACCAGCUUAACACUGCAUUAUGAUAAUUCUAUACAUUAGGAAAGCCCUUUGUGUUUGUCAAAGCCUUUUCAUGUGUCCCUCUUUAAGAAGUCACAGCACUACUGUGCUACUCUGAGAGAGGAAGGCCAUUCCAGCAGCAUGAGCAGGAGAGGAGGUAUACUCUACGCU